AUGGCGGAACUGUGAGGCUUCGGGACGAGCAGCAGUCUCCACCGCCCGUCCUCGUUCAGCAAGUGUACAUAGUAAUUUAUUUAUUCGUCUGAGCUGUUCAUCCCCCCCCCCCCCCCCGCUAUGACCCGCUGGAUUCCCACUAAGAAAGAGAAGUACGGUGUCGCAAUCUACAAUUAUGACCCCCGUGGCGAACAGGAGCUGCGUCUGCAGGUGGGCGACACCGUGCACAUACUUGAAAAGUUUGAAGGCUGGUACAGGGGCUACACUCUCAGAAAGAAAGCACAGAAGGGCAUUUUCCCGGCUUCCUACAUCCACUUAAAAGAGGCCACAGUCGAGGGAAUUGGCCAACAGGAAAUAAUUAUUCCAGCAGAUAUACCCUUGGUGCAGGAGAUAGGGGCGACCCUCAGGGAAUGGGUGCAGAUAUGGCAAAAACUCUACGUGGCAAACAAGAUAACCAAGUUCAGAAGUGUGCAGCAGAUGGCCUACAGCCUCAUCGAGUAUCGAUCUCAGAUAGUGUCAGGGACGCUGCCCAAGGACGACCUUGUAGAGCUGAAGAAGAAAGUGACAGCGAAGAUUGAUUAUGGAAACCGGAUUCUAGGUUUGGACCUGGUGGUUAGAGAUGAAGCAGGAAAUAUGCUGGAUCCUGACCGGACCAGUACCGUCAGGCUUUUUCAGGCCCACGAGACGGCGUCCCGCAGCGUGGACGACAGAAUACAGGAAGAAAAGACAAGACUGCAAAACAUGGAGAUGAGGCGACAGACCCUGUUCAGCUCCGUCCACACCUACAGCCUCCUCAUGAACCUAAAAAACUUUGUGUGCAACAUCGGGGAAGAUGCUGAGCUGCUCAUGUCUCUCUAUGAUCCCGACCAGUCAGAAUUUAUCAGCGAGAACUUCCUGGUGCGCUGGGACAGUAUGGGAAUGCCUAAGGAAAUUGAAAAACUCAACAACCUGCCAGCCUUAUUCACGGACCUGAGCAGCAGUGAUCUAAUGAGGCAGCGGCUCUUCCUGGUGUGUCAGAUCAUCAGGGUGGGCAGCAUGGAGCUCAAAGAGGGCAAAAAGCAAACGGGUGGCUUGAGGAGGCCGUUCGGUGUGGCUGUGAUGGACGUAACGGAUAUCGCCCAUGGCAAAGUAGACGAUGAGGACAAACAGCAUUUCAUCCCGUUUCAGCAGAUAGCCAUGGAAACCUACAUCCGCCAGAGGCAGCUCAUCAUGUCUCCGCUCAUCCCUUCCCGAGUCAUAGGAGAGAAUGAGCCGCUCACGGCUGUCUUCAACAAAGUCAUUGCUACGCGGGAUGUCAACCAUAAAGGCCAGGGGCUGUUUGUGACCCUGAAGCUCCUCCCGGGAGACCUUCCUCAAGUCAGAAAAGACUUCCCUCACUUUGUAGACCGCAGCACGGCGAUAGUCGGGAAAAUGGGCUUCCCAGAAAUCAUCCUCCCAGGAAACGUUAGGAAUGAUAUUUACGUUACCUUGCUUCAGGGCGAGUUUGACCGCGGUAAAAAGAAGACCCCGAAAAACGUGGAGGUUAUUCUCAGCGUGCAUGAUGACGAAGGCAAUCCGAUGGAGAAAGCAAUAUUUCCUGGGGCCGGCUAUGAUGGCAUUACAGAGUACAAGUCUGUCAUCUACUAUCAGGUGAAACAACCUUGUUGGAAUGAAACAGUAAAGGUGACAAUUCCCAUCGAAGACGUGUGCCGCUGCCACCUGAGGGUGAUGUUCCGACACAGAUCCUCCCAGGACUCCAGGGAUAAAUCCGAGAAGCCCUUCGGCAUGGCGUUCGUCAAGCUAAUGAGAGGCGAUGGGACCACGCUGAAAGAUGGCCGGCAUGAGCUCAUCGUCUACAAGGUUGACGUGAAAAAGGCAGAAGAUGCAAAGCUUUAUCUGACGCUGCCGGCAACCUGGGCUGAAGUGGAGGAAAUUGAGAAGCAAACGGGGAAGCAGUUCCACCAUUCAGGGGCUAUUCCAGUGACUAAGGACAGUUUCCAGCUGGCGACGCUCACCUGCUCAACUAAACUCACUCAGAACGUGGAUCUGCUGGGUCUGUUGAACUGGAGGUCCAAACACGAAGACCUGGACCAAACUUUGCAAAGGCUCAUGGAAGUAGAAGGAGGAGAGAUUGUCAAAUUUCUCCAGGAUACUCUCGAUGCUCUGUUUAACAUCAUGAUGGAGACUUCGGAAAAGGACACGUAUGACACCCUGGUGUUCGACGCCCUGGUAUUCAUAAUCGCCCUUAUUGGCGACAUCAAAUUCCAGCAUUUUAAUCCUGUCCUGGAAACGUACAUCAGCAAACACUUCAGCGCCACUCUGGCUUACACGAAGCUGACCAAAGUGCUAAACUACUACGUGGGUCAUCCUGAGGAGCCCACCCUGACGGAGCGACUCUACACAGCCCUCAAAGCUCUAAAGUACCUGUUCAGGUUCAUUGUUCAGUCCCGCGUCCUCUCCUUCAGAUUUCCAGAGAACAGCGAAGAUCCGGAUGCUUUCUUCAACUCCAUACGUAUGCUUUUUCUGUCUUUCAACACGCUUAUGGACCGACCCCUGGAUGAGGGGGUGAAGAUAAAGGGGGCAAUAUUGAAAUACCUCCCCAGCAUCAUUAAUGACAUCCAGACUGUGUUUGAUCCCGUGGAGCUCAGCGUCCUCCUGGCGAAGUUCAUUGAGAGCAUCCCUGACUCACAGUUCGUGCGUCAGAAGCUGGGUUGCUUGUGUAAAAUCAUUGAGAGUGACCUUUUCACACAACCAGACUGUCGAGAUGUGCUCCUGCCGCUCGUCACUGACCAGUUAAGCGGGCAGCUGGAUGACUAUUCCAGUAAGCCAGACUAUGAGGCCUGUGUCCAACUGCUCAGCACCGUGUUGGACACCCUGGACCGCAAAGAUGUGGGUCCAACCAGAGUCCACAUCCAGCUGAUCAUGGAGCGGCUCCUUCGCAGAGUUAAUCGGACAGUCAUCAGCAUGGACAGAUCCUCCCCGCUCAUUGGCCACUAUCUUGCCUGCAUGACGGCCAUCCUGAAGCAAAUGGAUGACAUGCAUUACACCCACUACAUCAGCACCUUCAAAACCAGACAGGAUAUCAUUGACUUCCUGAUGGAGACAUUCAUUAUGUUUAAGGACCUCAUGGGAAAUGUCUUCCCUGCUGACUGGAUGGUGAUGAACCUGGUGCAGAUGCAGGUCUUCCUCAGGGCCAUCAACCAGUACUCAGACGUCCUCAACAAGCUGUUCCUGGACCAGGCGCACUUUGAACUGCAGCUGUGGAAUAAUUACUUCCAUCUGACCGUGGCGUUCCUCACCCACAAGACACUCCAGCUGGAAUCCUUCUCCCAGGAAAAACGAAACAAGAUCCUCAACAAAUAUGGAGACAUGAGGAAGACCAUGGGAUUCAGAAUCAGGGACAUGUGGUACAACAUCGGCCCCCACAAAAUGAAGUUUAUCCCCUCCAUGGUCGGCCCCAUCCUGGAGGUCACGCUGGUGCCAGAGCCGGAGCUCAGGAAGGACACCAUUCCCAUCUUCUUCGAUAUGAUGCAGUGCGAGCACAACUUCAGCAAGACGCGCACUUUUGAAACGUUUGAGAACGAGCUCAUAACCAAACUGGAUCAAGAAGUAGAAGGAGGUCGAGGAGAUGAGCAGUACAAAGUCCUUCUGGAGAAAAUGUAAGGCGGAGGGAAAAGAAGUUA